GAGGCCGAGUACGUCAUACAAACCCCGGAAAGAAUCGGAAGCGUGUACAAGAAAGCCGUGUUCCGCGAAUACACCGACGACACGUACACGACGAUGGCGGAUCGUCCGGAAUGGCUUGGAUUCCUUGGACCACUGAUCUACGGAGAGGUCGGCGAUACCAUCAAGAUUCAUGCCAAGAACAUGGCUACCAGGGAGUUCAGUGUUCAUCCUCAUGGUGUCUUCUAUCUGAAAGACUCGGAAGGAGCUGUUUAUGAAGACAACACAAGGGGAAAGGACAAGGCUGAUGAACGUAUUGCCCCGGGGGGUAGCCACACUUACACUUGGGAGGCGAAUGAGAGGGCAGGACCGGCAGAAGGAGGCCCAAACUGCGUUCCAUGGAUCUACCAUUCACACAUUGAUACCCCAUUUGGGACGAAUUCUGGCGCUAUAGGCUUCAUGCUUAUUUGUCGGAAAGGAAUUUUGGAUGAAAAUAAUAGAAGAACGGAUGUGGAAGAAGACUUCAUCCUCAUGUUUACCGUGACCGAUGAAAAUAUGAGCUAUUACUUUGAUGAAAACAUUCAGAGGUUUAUAACAUCACCAUCACUAGAUCCAGAGGAUGAAGACUUCUUGGCAAGUAACAGGAUGGACAGUGUGAAUGGCUAUCUGUAUGGAGCUAUGCCUGGCCUGAAUAUCUGCCACGGAGACAAGGUGGCGUGGCACAUCAUGGGUAUCGGAACAGAGAUCGACGUCCACACAGUCAACUUUCAUGGCAAUGUCCUGGAGCUGCGCAAUCACCGUGUGGACACACUUAGCUUGACACCAGCUGUUGUGUCAUCUGCUGACAUGGUGGCCAUUAACCCUGGUACAUGGCUAGCUAAAUCGCACGUUGUCAACCAUCAGACUGCUGGUGCCCAAGUGCUCUACACUGUUGACCCUGAAUGCGGGCCAGGAGUAACAGAGGAACCCUUGACAGGAUCUGUACGGGAAUACUUCAUUGGAGUUCUAGAGGAUGAAUGGCAUUAUGGACCAACUGCAAUCAACGGACUUGACGGACGAGACCUAACUGAUCCCGAAAGCAUGUCGUUCCCCUUUUUCACCGACACAAACAACCGCAUCCCUGGAACCUACCACAAGGCCAGAUACGUCCAGUACUCGGACGAUACCUUCACACCCGAUGCCCUGAUUGAUAGAAGCCCUGAGGAUCGUCACAUGGGUGUCCUAGGACCGGUCAUCAGGGGCGAGGUGGGAGAUACCAUCAGGGUGACAUUCAAGAAUACGGGGCGUGUACCCUAUAGUAUCCACCCUAGGGGGGUGCUGUAUGAUAAAGCCAAUGAAGGGUCCAUCUACAAUGAUAACACAGAUGCAUCUGAACAGAAUGACGGGUCAGUAGCCCCAAGUGCCACCUACACAUACACCUGGACCAUUCCUCCGUCGAUCGGGCCUACAGAACUGGACGAGGACUGUCUGACGAUGGUCUAUACUUCAGGAACAGAUGAAACCAUGGACCUGUAUUCUGGUCUUGUUGGGCCUAUGUUGAUCUGUAAGGAAGGAACAUUAAAUGAUGAUGGCAGCAGGGUUGGAGUUGACCGAGAAUUAUUCCUCCUCUUCCUCAUCUUUGAUGAGAAUCAGAGCUGGUAUCUUGAUGAGAACAUUGCUGCCUUCGCCCCAGGAGCAGAUCGGGAAGAUGAGGACUUUGUCGCCUCCAAUCUCAUGACCAGCAUCAAUGGCUAUUCCUUUGCCAACCUUCCGGAAGUGGAAAUGACCAUAGGGGAGACGGUCAGCUGGCACGUGAUGGACCUUGGCAAGGACACUGACCAACACACUGCCUACUUCCACCAGUUGACCUUUGUGCUAGAAGGUCGUAGGGUUGAUGCCGUGCCCCUCUUCCCAGGCGUGACUCAGACAAUCAUGACUGUUCCUGAUAACCCAGGGAAAUGGUUGAUUGAAUGUGAGACCAACACCCACUUUUCCCAUGGGAUGACAGCACUCUACACCGUGCUCGAAGGGAGUGGGUCCAGGUCAGAUGGUGCAGUGUCGGAUAGUGGCGUGGUCAGGGAGUACUUCAUCGCAGCAAUAGAAAUGGAGUGGGACUACACACCCGACAUGUACGACCCUGUGAGGAGUCAGGCCUUGACGGAUGAGGAAAGUCCUGGAUAUGUCUUUGUCAAUCGUGGAAACACAAGCAUCGGCAGUAAGUACCGUAAAGCAAUCUACCGAGAGUACGAAGACGACCGAUUUAUCAAGCAAGUGAAGCGCACCUCCAAUGAGGACAAAUCGCUUGGUAUUCUUGGUCCGGUGCUACGGGUUGAAGUUGGGGACACCCUCCAAGUCGUUUUCAGGAACCUCGCCACCAGGCCUUACAGUAUUCACCCUCAGAACCUACUAUCAGAUAAAGACAAUGAGGGCGCUACAUACGGAGACAGGUCCACAAGUGAUCUACCCGUUCUGCCAGGAGAAACAAAGACGUAUACUUGGACCGUCCCUGAGUCGCGAGCACCUACGGAGAGCGACGGAGCAUGUACGGCAUCCAUCUAUUAUUCAAGUAUUCAUAGAGGAAAGGACACCAAUGCUGGUCUAGUUGGUCCACUUGUCAUUUGCAAGACGGGAAGUUUGGAUUCUGAAGGAAAGCGGACUGAUGUCGACAAGGAGUUCAACCUCUUCUUCUCAGUGACGGAUGAGAAUAAGAGUUGGUAUUUACAAGAGAACAUUGAUCAUUACUGUUUGACCCCUUCAGCUGUGGAUGUCGAUGAUCCAGACUUUCAAGAGAGUAACCUCAUGCAUGGAAUGAAUGGCUUCCUGUACAACAACCUGAACUACCUGGAGAUGAGCGUUGGAGAGCGUGUUGGGUGGAAUCUACUUGGUCUUGGUGAUGAGGUUGAUCUUCAUUCUGUUCACUUCCAUGGUCAUACCUUCACCUACCAGACUGAACAUACCAACAGAUUGGACGUCUCUGAACUAUUUCCAGGAAUUUUCAUCAAUCUAGUGAUGACCCUUGAUGACCCAGGCAUCUGGCUUAUUCACUGUCAUGUGAAUGAUCACAUGACUGCUGGCAUGGAAGCUUUCUAUUACGUCAAUGAAGCUCCAGUACCGACAACUGAAGCAACUGGUUCUACACGUAUCAUCAGCUCCAGUUCGGCCAUCAUGGGUAUGCUUCUCAUCAUCAGCUUGUACUUUCAACGAUGCUAAAAAUCUGAUGAGACAUUUGUUACAAUAUUGAAAUUCUUCUCACAAGGGAAAAUAUCUACAAUGUCAGGGUUCAUAAUUUUUUUUUCAAAAUUGUAAACAAUUUAUCUUGUAGGAAGAGAAUAAUGUAGUUAUUUUUCCUGUGAAAGUAAAUAAACUGCUAACAGUUGAACUGUAGCAAUAACUAUUGUUAGAACAUAUAUUAUCAGAAUAUUGUAACUUUUUGAUUUACCAGAAAAAGCAAUGAUAUGACCAUGCAAUACGCUCAUCUUGACUGUUUAAGGGGGACAUCCUCUCGUGCUCAGAGCUCACGCAAAAGAAUUUGAAAAUAUCAUUGUUUUUUACUAGCAAAUAACUUUCAUACUUCCCUAUGAUAAAAUUCAAGUGAUUAUUACUAAAUUUUGCUAUACCGAGGUAAUCAAUUGAAUGUCUGAAUUGGGCUAAUGGAAGAGGCUAGCUCGUAUUUCAUCAACAACCAGAAGAACAGCUUGCAUUUAAAAGUAGAAGCAUUAAUUUGCUGCUCAGUUGAAUAAUGUGUAAUAAAUAAAGAUGUGAUUGAGGCAAGUAUAGUGUAUUUCCUUGUAAUUAGACAAUGCAGAAAUUAAUUACUUGAUUAUGUAACUAUACAACUCAAUAAAGUUAAUUAUAUGUGCCCCCGCCCCUUCUCAACCAAACAGCAGAACAGAUGC